AUGCUCCGGCCAGGAGGAAAUGAGGCGACCUCUGGGUCACACGUGGAGACGGGCCCCAGUGCACUGAGGAACACUGGUGAUAACAGGGACCAGCACAGGGACCAGCACAGGGAUCAGCACAGGGACCAGCACAGGGACCAGCACAGGGACCAGCACAGGGACCAGCACAGGGACCAGCACAGGGACCAGCACAGGGACCAGCACAGGGACCAGCACAGGGACCAGCACAGGGACCAGCACAGGGACCAGCACAGGGAUCAGCACAGGGACCAGCACAGGGACCAGCACAGGGAUCAGCACAGGGACCAGCACAGGGACCAGCACAGGGACCAGCACAGGGACCAGCACAGGGACCAGCACAGGGACCAGCACAGGGACCAGCACAGGGACCAGCACAGGGACCAGCACAGGGACCAGCACAGGGAUCAGCACAGGGAUCAGCACAGGGACCAGCACAGGGAUCAGCACAGGGACCAGCACAGGGACCAGCACAGGGACCAGCACAGGGACCAGCACAGGGACCAGCACCGGAGUCAAAGCGCCAUGUAG